AUGAACACAGUUGAAUGUUACGACGCGGAAGCGAACGUUUGGACAAUAGUAACACCGAUGCAAACAAGGAGGAGUGGCGUGUCGUGCAUAGCGUACCACAACUGUCUGUAUGUGAUGGGUGGCUUCAAUGGGCUUUUUAGGAUGAAUACUGGUGAGAAAUUCGACCCGACUACGAACCGCUGGUCGCCGGUAGUAGAAAUGGGUAGCCCGAGGAGUAACUUCGCUAUUGAAGUACUGGACGACAUGAUAUUCGUGGCCGGCGGUUUCAAUGGCGUGACCACUAUAGCCCAAGUGGAAUGUUACAACGACCGUACGGACGAAUGGUUAGUAGAUUUGUUUAAAUAUUUUUUUAUUUGUUCUCGGCUCUAUUUUGUAUUUCAAUACUGUGCAUUGAAUAUUAACGGUUAAUUCAAUAAGCGAUGAUUAAUAUCAACAUUUCUAAAAUAAAUCAACUAUGGCCUCCACAUAUAUCACCGAUAUGAUUUUUGCAAAAAUAGUCUACACUUACAAUAUACAGGGUGAUCAAUCUAUCGUAUGACAUUUACUCAGAAAAAAUUAACUUUUUUUGGAGUUUGUUUUAUAGGAAAUUCAAGAAACAAACAGCUCUACAAUUUUAUCUUUGCCAUUUUUUGAAAAUAACAUAAGCGUAAAACAAAUUCUAAAAAAAGUUAAUAUUUUCCGAAAUAAUGAGUGUCUUACGAUAGAUCGAUUACUCUGUAUAAUAUCACCACAAAUAAGAAAUCGUAAGAAACUAAAUGUUAACGGCAAUUUUCCCACAGAAAAAACAACCGAUUAUGCAAUUAUAGAACGUGAUGUAUACAAAUAUAUUUUAUAAUUUUAAUUUUACUAUCGUGUAUAUUAUUGUAUCCAAGUCGGAAUAAUCAGUAAAUAUCUGAUGACUAAUUUAGUAAAAUUACUUUUUACUUUAUGCUAUUUAUUAAAAUUUAAGUCCAAAGUUACGUUUACAUUGUGCGUACAUAAAGAGGUAGUAGAUUAUAAUCUAUUGUUUUUUUUUUUUUUUAGAAAUUGUUUAAUUUGUUAUAAUAUGUUUUUGAAGUGAUUCACAUUUUUGUUAAUUUUUCCCCGGAAAAAAAGACUGUAUUGUGAUUUUAAUACAUGUGUAUUUGGAGACCGAGCCCGGGUCAGAUACAUUUUUAUGAGUUAAUUAAAAAAUACAAUCAAAUGUAUUUAUUUAUUUUAAUUUAUUAUGGCGAUAAUUCUAAAGUCUUCGCUACACGAUGACGCGUAAUUUAGACACUCAGAUUAGCAAAUUUUCCCGAAAGAAAGUGAUCAAAUUCAAUGAAUUAUUUGUUAAUUUUGUUAAUUUCGUCAGGUUGUAUUUUAUUUUCUAGCUAAAACAACAUGUGGUAGUAUGUAAACCCCGUUUUUGCCACUCGACACUGGCUAUAUGAUAUUUGGCUUUUCCGAAAAUGUCUUAUUUUGUAAAUAGUUUAAAAAGUUUCUUCAUUUUUAAAUGAAAGACAUGUAAAUGCUAUAAUAUCAUGUUAGUCGAAAGAUCGUUGUCCUGAAAAAUUUUCUUGCUCUAUUUGACCCAAUCGGAGUUGCAAGUAAAGGUAACUAAUAAGUCAGACAUUUCGUAAUUUCGCACGUAUGCCAUAGCGUCUUGCGUUUUUUUGUGCAUUUAUCUCGCCGAGCCCAUGAAAGAAGAGAGCAAGAUAACGUGUUGACCAAUAUUUGCAGCAUUUGCAUGACCAUUCCUAUUUAAAUCAUCUCUUAAAUGUAUAUAAUCGUCAGUUCUUAACUUUUGUCGGUUUCAGGAUAUAAAAUUCAAUUUUUCCGAUAUCAUUUUAGCCAUCAUGUCAACGCAGUAUUGACUGAAUAAAUCUCGGUAAUAAUGUAAAUUAUUGAAACGGUUAUCUUUGACCAUUAGACUGUAUGCAUAGAAUUACAUACCGAAAAAUGUUUUGUUUUGUGCUGAACCUUCUGAAUCUUCUCCUUUCAUAAACAUAGAUAAAAAAAAAUAUAAACAAACAAGGAUACUGCAGGGUACCGUAAGCGCAAUACAAUUCGGACACUCUUUGUAGCUGGCUAUGUUUACAAUGCGGUAUAUAUCUCUGGGUCCUUUGUCUUCAUCUAUUAACGGAGCGGCAACUUUGUUUGUUGUAGGGAAGUUGUAUCUUCCUCUAUGUUGAUUUUGUGGUGUGCGAUUGUCGUGAAUUAUUAAUUUUAAGUUGUCCGAGAAAGAUUUGCUUUCUAAAUUGUAUUUGAAAUUGCGUAUGUAUUCGUUAUGGCUAUUUAAUACGGUCUGUAACUCAUUUGAACCCCUGAUCUAGAGCAUAACGAAUCAAAAUAUUCGAUAAUAUAAAAUAUAUAGAGCUUCUUACCGAGUUACAGAAUACAGUUGGUAUACACAUUUUGAAAGCAACAUGAUUUUACGAGCAAAGAACAACAUCUUUUAGAAGUUGUCAUAAUACUUACACAUGAUUUUUUUUUUUUCGAAAUUCAAUGACAUUAAUUAUUUCUCUCUUUAAUGUUUUAUGUGUAAUUCUAAAAUAGCCAUAGUAUUAACUAUCAUAAAAUGUUCUGUUUGAUACCGUAUAAAGGUUUGAAGCCAAAAGCAUGCAAAUAUUCAGGUCAGCACUGGCGGCAUGUGUUAUCAAAAAUCUACCCAACGUUGCGUACUACAUGCCUUCUGACAGGGACAAACUUUCGGAGGAAGGCCGGGUGGACUCUGAGAUGAGGACGACAGGCCGGUCAGACAACGAGAGCGACCGAGGGGUAGACGGAGUAUCUAACGUGUCCGCGAUUACUAAUCUCAUAGAAACUGCCGACAUUGACAACGAAGACACAGACAACGAUGAUAAUGUGAUAUUUGAGGAUGCUCAGGACCAGGAUCACCGUGGACAGUAA